CUUUAGUAUAUAAAUAUAUUAGUUUUAGUUUUUAUGAGUUAUGCCAAAAAAAAAUAUUGUUAGAAAAUCUGAAGUUACAAAGUUAAGUGACAAUGAAACUAUCCAGUGUUGUAUUGAUGGUCAGACGUGUCCAUUGCAAGUAUCUAAUUUGUUAAAGAAGAGACUCUUCAAAAAUGAAAAUAAUUUUUACUUGGAAAAUUUUCUAACAGAACAGUCAAUCCAAUUAAAAGCUGUUUUAAAUCAAUGUAUUAAUGUAGGGGAAAGUAACUCAGUUCUAGUUAUUGGACCGCGAGGUAGUGGAAAAUCUAAGUUAGUUGAAAAAACUUUGGCAGAAUUGCACAAUGAAAAUGUUGAAAGCUUUUAUUAUGUGUAUUUAAGUGGUAUUAUACAUACUGAUGAUAAAUUGUCAUUGCAAGAUAUGACCAGGCAGUUACAACUAGAAAAUGUUACAAAAGAUAAAGUAUUUGGCUCAUUUUCAGAUAACUUGGCAUUUGUUUUGGAAGCAUUAAAAAAUGGUACUGCAAAGUCUAAAUCAAUCGUAAUAGUUUUGGAUGAAUUUGAUUGUUUUGCUUCUCACAAAAAUCAAACACUUCUUUAUAAUUUAUUUGACAUCACGAUGAGUCAACAAAAUCCAAUGUGUGUUAUUGGAAUUACUUGUCGAUUGGACGUUGUUGAAUUAUUGGAAAAGAGAGUUAAGUCUCGUUAUUCUCAUCGAUCGAUUUUAACAUUCCCAACAUAUGAUUUUUCUACUUACACAGACUAUUUUAAACAGUUGUUGGCUCUACCAGAUUAUUUUGAUUGUCCAAUUUUUAAAUAUCGCUGGAACACUCAUGUUAAAGACUUAUUCAACAGUUCUAAUUUUAAUGACAUUCUUAAAAAGCAAUUUCACAUAACAAAGCAUAUCGGAGGAAUCAUACAGUUGUUGACAAUUCCAAUCUGUAAUUUGUCUUAUGCACAUCCUUUUGUUACUGUUGAUGACAUCAAUAGUUCAUACAACUCUCUUCAUGCAGAUAGUAAAUCAUUUCUUAUGCAAGGACUUGCAAUAUUGGAACUUUGUUUAAUAGUUGCUGCAAAGCAUGUGCUAGAAAAAAGAAUAGGACAGCCUUUUAACUUUGAAAUGGUAUACAAUGAAUACGAAAACUUUUCAAAAAGCUGUUUAACGGGAGUGCAUAUUUCAAAGGCAGUCGCAAUGAAAGCCUACGAACAUCUUCUAACUUUAGAGCUCAUUCGAAGUACAGAAAAUCAAACUGGUAAUUCUUUAGCUAAAGAGUUUAAGCCAAUGUUAUUAUACGUGGAUGCAUCUCAAAUUCGUGAGACUUUAGCGAACUAUACAGAUUGCCCUACAGAACUAAAAAAUUGGGGUGAUAGUAUGUUUGUUUCAUAAUUAUAUGAUAUCAAUAA